UAAACCACCGGCGCUGCUGUUUGCCGGCGGAUAGCGAAAUUGAACGUUCAUCCCACUUUAACCAAACCGCCUUUUAACUUUACAGGACUCUCGCUGAAAGCGGCGAGCUUCGUGUAACUUGCGGGAGACAGUCGUUUUUUUUUCGGGGCACUUCCUCUUUUACAGAAACCAGGAUGCUCAUCGAGAGCCACAUCCGCGCCUCCGAUUCGUCGUUGGACUUCCUGGCUAACGCGGGGUGGUUUGUGAUUGGCCGGCUGGCGCAGCGACCGCUCGACCGGCGCUACAGCGGUUGUGGAACGCUACCGAGGGGGCAUAUGUGUCUCGUGGGAAACUUCCCAGGAGGAGACAAGUUGUUAUGAGGUUGAAGAAGAAUCGGGAAGCAGCAAAACAGUUUUGGAUUGUCCUUAUGGACGCUGAAUGUUCUUUAGAUGUUGUCGGUUUCCAAGUUGAGUAGAGCCGUGGUGCGUGUGAGGAGAGUGGCAGCUCAGAUCACCAAAGCAAACAUGGCUGAACUCCACCAGUACCCAGAUCCAUCCCCUACCGUGAAGACGGAGGCCACCACUGCUGCCAUCCUCAUCAUUGGAGAUGAGAUACUCAAGGGUCACACAGUGGACACCAACAGUGCCUUCCUGUCGCGAGCCCUCAGAAAGUUGGGCGUGUCUGUGCAGCGCAUCACUGUCAUACCAGAUGUGCAGGAGAUCAUCGCCAAAGAGGUGGCCCUCCUUUCACCUCAGUUCACACACAUCAUCACCUCGGGGGGCAUAGGCCCCACCCACGAUGAUGUCACCUUCGAAAGCGUUGCCAUGGCAUUCCAGGAGAAGCUGCAUCCCCACCCUGACCUGAUGAGGCUGGUCGAGGAAUUCUUUGGGGUGGUGGAUAAGGACAGUGCGGCUAUGAAGCUGGCCAUGGUGCCCCUUUCAGCCAAACUGAACUACGGCACGGACUCCCAGACUGGCAAACCUCUUCGCUAUCCACUGGUCAGUGUGCGUAAUGUGUACAUCUUUCCUGGGAUCCCAUCUCUGUUGGAGAGGGCAUUUAACGGGCUGGAAUGCCUCUUCGCCGGUUCAGGGACCACGUUUCACACUCGCGAGGUGUUUGUGGAUGCAGACGAAGCAGAAAUUGCCCCCGUGCUUACCAGACUGCAGGCAGGCUGGGGGCGGAAGGUGGCGCUCGGCUCCUACCCCAACUGGCUGAGUAAUUAUCACCGAGUCAGGCUGGUCCUGGACUCCGACAGCCAGGAAGAAGUGGACAAAGCCCGGGCACAGCUGCUGGACGAGCUGCCCAAGGGCAGCGUGGUGCCCUUAGUGACUGACCCGGUGUCCAUCGCCACAGCUGAGGUUUACACACUGGCCAACAGCGGCACGCCGCUGGGGGAGAAAGUGUCGUCUGCGCUGAGGACCAUAGAAGCCGCGCUGGAUCAGUACUCCACGGACAGGAUCUGUGUGGGCUUCAACGGAGGAAAGGACUGCACAGCCCUUCUGCAUCUCUACUACGCUGUGCUGAAACGGCGGUACCCAGACAGUAAAGACAAGGUGAAGGCUCUUUACAUUCGGAUUGUCUCUCCGUUCCCAGAAAUGGAGAGAUUCCUCCAGGACACCAUCAAGAGAUACGACUUGGACCUGUUCUCCGUGGAGGGCAGUAUCCGACAGGCGCUGAGCGAGGUGCAGGAGAGGAGGCCGGAGCUGAGAGCCGUACUAAUGGGAACCAGGAGGAGUGACCCCUACUCCCACACACUGACGCCCAUCUGUCCCACCGACCCCGGUUGGCCGGACUACAUGAGAGUCAACCCUCUAUUGGACUGGACAUAUCAUGACAUCUGGUCAUUCCUGAGGACUCUGUAUGUGCCGUACUGUAUUCUCUAUGAUAAAGGGUACACCUCAUUGGGCAGUAUGGACAACACGAAUCGAAACACGUCCCUCCAGACGGUGGACGGAAGGGGCACGAGGCGCUACAAGCCGGCCUACCUGCUGGAGAACGAGGAAGAGGAGCGCAAUUCCCGUGCCUGACGACGCCGCUUCCCGCUCUUCCACCCGCUGCCGUUUAGGGCGCGGGGGUUUUUUUUUUUUUUUUUGCCUUUUGCCAGACACGGAGGACCGUCUCAACCUGCCACCCAGCGACUAGUGGACCCUGUAAAGCUGACGGACGUCAUUCUCUCCCAACAUGUAGCUCAAUGAUGCGACUGUCGCUUUUGACGCAGAGAUCACGAAUGAAAUGUGUGUUAAGGUGUGUAUACUGUGUGUGUGUGUGUGUGUGUGUGUGUGUGUGCGUGUGUAUACAUGUGAGUCCAGUCGAGAGUUGCGGCUCUCUGUGGUGAUUAAUAAAACUUCCC